AUGUCAGACCGUGAAGGCCCAAGUGGCGGCGCAAACGACGAUGACCUGUCGCUCCCCAAAGCCACCGUUGCAAAGAUGAUUUCGGGUAUGUUCGGUUUGACUCAUUCAUUCGGCACUCAUCUCUCAGAGUUGCUUCCAAACGACGUAACAUGCGCCAAAGAGACGAGGGACCUGGUCAUAGAAUGCUGCGUAGACCGUUUGCAAGAAUUUAUCCACUUGAUAUCCUCCGAAGCCAAUGAAAUCUGCGAGCAAGAGUCCAAGAAGACAAUCGCCCCAGAGCACAUCAUUUCUGCCCUCAAGCGUUUGGGCUUUGACUCCUUCACUCGGGAGGUAGAGGACGUUCUGAAAGAGCAUAAACAACAACAGAAGGAUCGGGAGAAGAAAGUAUCCAAACUGGAACAGUCCGGAUUGUCGCCGGAGGAGCUGCAAGCCAAGCAGGAGGAGUUAUUUGCUGCGAGCAGGGCAAAAUUCCAGUCAAACACAACCGCACCGACAUAA